AUGGCUAUCUAUAGUCACUCCUCCCAGUCUUCUUCGCAACAGCAUACCACAGAGAAACUUUGUAUAAAUGAAAAUAAGAAUGCCAUUUUAAGUGACUCUUCAAUUCAUAGUUGGUACACUGGACCAUGGAUUAAUGGAGAGUCCAAGAAUUACCUAUAUGAUACAAACAGGGAUGCCUCAAAUGAAUCAUUAAGCUUUGAGAGAGCUCAGAAAUCAAAUAAAUGUAAUAAGUAUGGGAAAUCAUUUAUCCAGUCCUCAAGUCUUCAAGCUUAUUAUAGAACUUCUACACAAGAGACACUUUACAAAGGUAAUGAAUGUGGAAAAUUAUUUACCUGUUCCUUAAGUCAUAAAGUUUGCCAAGAAAACUGUACAGGAGAAAGACUUCAUAAAUCUAAUAACUGUGGAAAAUCAUUUUCACAGUCCUCAAANUUUCAAGUUCACUACAGAAUCCACUCAGGAGAGAAACUUUACAAAUGUAACAAAUGUGGGAAAUCUUUUACAAAGAACUCAGAGUUUAAAGUUCACUACAGAAACCAUACAGGAAAAAAGCUUUACAAAUGUAAUGAAUGUGGAAAAUCUUUUAAAAAGAACUCAAAACUUCANGUUCACUACAGAAUCCACUCAGGAGAUAAACCUUACAAAUGUAAUGUAUGUGGGAAAUCUUUUACACACUCCUCAAAACUUCAAGUUCACUACAGAAUCCACACAGGAGAGAAACCUUACAAAUGUAAUGAAUGUGGAAAAUCUUUCACACAGAACUCAGAUCUUAAAGUUCACUACAGAAUCCACACAGGAGAGAAGCCUUACAAAUGUAAUGAAUGUGGGAAAUCUUUUACACAGAACUCAGUGCUUAAAGUUCACUACAGUNUCCAUACUGGAGAAAAGCCUUACAAAUGUAAUGAAUGUGGCAAAUGUUUUACACAGAACAANGUGCUUAAAAAUCACUACAGAAUCCAUACAGGGGAGAAACCUUACAAAUGUAAUGAAUGUGAGAAAUCUUUUACACAAUCGUCAACACUUCAAGUUCACUACAGAAUCCACACAGGAGAGAAACCUUACAAAUGUAAUGAAUGUGGAAAAUCUUUCACACAGAACUCUGAUCUUAAAGUUCACCACAGAAUCCACACAGGAGAGAAACCUUACAAAUGUAAU